GAGAAAAAAUAUACUUGUCUCAUUCUAACUUAUUGCAUCAGUUCAACAGGAACAGAAAAUAGAUCCUUUCAGUACUGACAGUGCAUUUCGAAUCCUAGCAAUAGUGACGUCACGGUGAACUUGCAAUAAAGAUUGUAAGUGCAAUAAGUUAAAGUAAAAAAUGUAAUCUUGUCUUAUUCUUAUUUAUCACACGAGUCAGGUUUUUUAUGUUUGACAUGGAAGUAAACUUCAAAAUAAAAGACAAAGAGAAAAACAUUUGUAUAAAUAUAACUCGUAUAAAAAGUAUAAAGACGUAAAUAUAGCAGGAACAGAUUUAAAAAUACAUGUAGAAUGUAUAGACAACAAAUCUUAUGAGAUUUUUUGGAAAAUUUUUUUUGCUCUACCUUUUGAAAGUUCCAAAAAAUGAGUCGAAUUUGUAAUGUCAUAUAAGAGAUAGACAGGAACACAUAGAGUGAUUAAGGGGAGUGGGAAAUGAUAAACAUCAACAGAUUAGUAUUGUAACCAAUAGACUUUUACUUAUCAUUGUCAUUGCUUCGUUAUCAUUUAUACUAAAUCAGUUUCGGACAACUCUCCAAAAUGUUUACUAAUCACAUUGAGAGUGGAGUGGAGUGGAGUGGGUGUAUUGCUACAUCUGUAACAGUGACUUACUAUAAAAGUGACUUGAUUUAUUAAAGACAUUCAAUAUUGUCCAGAUUACCAUUGUGAAAUUAAUACCAUGUUCAUCAACAUGGCGAGUUUAAGGACAAUAAUUAGAGGAGGUCAAGUAUAUCUGAAGAGAUGUUAUGCAACUGGGACAAAGUUAAUUGAAACAACACGUGACAAUGACACAGGCAUCGAUAUUAUAUCUAUGUCAAGGACACCAGUCAACAGUUUAAAUACAGAACUAUUAGUUUCGCUGAGAACAUCUCUAUUGGAAGCGAAAAAUUCACGCAGCAAAGGCAUCAUAUUGACGUCCUCCUUACCAACUAUAUUUUCAGCAGGAGUAGAUAUCAUGGAACUUUGUACUGAAGAUAAAAAUAAACUUGUUACCUUCUGGCAUGCAUUGCAAAGCACUUGGCUGACUCUCUACAGUUUAGAUAUUCCAACAGCAGCUGCUAUUAAUGGUUCCAGUCCUGCUGGAGGUUGUUUGCUUUCAAUGUCUACAGAAUACAGAGUUUUUGUUGAGGGCAAGCAUUCUAUUGGAUUGAACGAAACGCAAUUAGGUCUCGUCGCUCCAAAAUGGUUCAGAGAUAUAUAUAUUUCGUUGUUGGGCUACCGACAAGCUGAGAUUGCGCUCUUGAAGGGCUUGUUAUUUAAACCCGAGAAGGCGUUAGAAAUUGGUCUUGUGGACGAACUCGCUAAAGAUAAGACUGAUGCAAUUGAAAAAUGCAAAAAUUACAUAUUGUCUUUCGAAAAUAUACCCCAACUUGGCAGGGGUCUCAGCAAAUUGGAAUUGCGAAAGGACUUAAUCGAAUGGUUCAACAAGAAUAAAGAGAUUGAUACCGAACAAUUCGUAAAUACGUUACAAUUGCCAAAAAUACAAGCUGGCCUCAAAUUAUACAUCGAGUAUUUAAAACAGAACCAGCGAUAGAUAUCUUGGUAAGAGAUAAUAUUCGCGUUUUCUAUUCUUUAUAAUAUUGUGCCUUUUUGGAUGGAUAUUUUUCAUUAUUGUGCCUUUUUGGAUGGAUAUUUUUCAUAAUAUUAUAUAAAUAAAUAUUUUCAUAUUGUUGCAUAAAACUUA